AUGAAUCGUCUAAAGAAUUUUAAAGAUGAAGUUCGGACAUUAAAGAGUCGGUUGUUAAAACAGAACACAGACAGCGUCUCAUCACAGAGGGGGUCGGGGGGAAUUCCUCUGGCCAGGAAGUUGUGUUAUGCUGCGGGCGGGGUCCCAUAUCAGGUUACCACAGUAGCUAUAGGUGUAUCCAUGCAGAUAUUUCUCCUUGAUGUUGUGCAGAUGGAGGCCUACUAUGUUUCUAUCAUUUUGUUUGUGAGUCGGGCCUGGGACGCUGUGACGGACCCUCUGGUGGGAUAUCUGGUGAGCCGCAGUCAGUGGACCCCCAUCGGCAAGCUCACUCCCUGGCUGGUUCUUUCCACUCCGUUUGCUGUCUUUUUGUAUCUGCUGAUGUGGUUUGUUCCACAAGGCUCCAUGUCUCAGGCUCUCACUGCACUCUGGUUCAUCACAGCAACCUGCCUGUUUGAGACCCUCAUGAGUUGCUACAACGUCCCCUUCCUCUCCCUCAACAUGUUCCUGGGGGGAGAUCACAGAGACAGAGACUCUGCCACGGCCUACAGAAUGAGUGUGGAGAUGCUGGCGAUGCUGCUGGCUUCUAUAAUUCAGGGUCAGGUUAUUGCUGUGUACAACACAGAAAAACAGGAGGCCUGUGAACAUCUGGACCAGGCUCAUGAAACACCACAAAGCACAUCUUCACCACAAACUGCAUCUCUCAGGGAAACGGAAAAGGUGUUCCUGACCUCAGCACUGGUCACAGGUGCUCUGUUUUUCCUGGGCAGCCUGGUUCUCUUCUUGGGGGUGAAGGAGCAGAGAGCGCCUCCCUGCUCUGAUGACAAAGUACGACCCUCAUAUCUGACCUCUCUGAAGAUGCUGACACGUCACAUUCCUUACCAACGCCUGGUGCUCGGCUUUGUGUUCUGUGUACUUGCCUUUCAGAUGUCCAUGGGUAAUUUUGCGCUUUUUUGCAGUCAUGCAGCUGGGCUAGGGGCCAAUUUCCAGCACCUCUUACUGGUUCUACUGGGUUCUGCCUCCAUAGCAGUUCCUCAUUGGCAGAUGGUUCUCCUGACAAUAGGAAAAAAGAAAACGGUUUUCAUCGGACUGUCGCUCUUCAUCCCAGCUGUGAUUAUAAUCGCCUGUGCUCCCAGUAACCUGCCAGUUUUUAUGAUCAUGUGCGUUUUGAUGGGAUUCAGCGUGGCGACUUUAUUCUUGCUACCCUGGUCUAUGCUCCCUGAUGUAGUGGAUGACUUUGCAGCCAAAAAUCCCUCCUGCAGAGACCUGGAGCCUCUGUUUUUCUCCUGUUAUGCCUUCUGCAGUAAGCUGGCAGGAGGCCUGGCUGUUGGAAUCUCCACGCUGACAUUACAGUUUGUGGGCUACAAAGCAGGCUCGUGUAACCAUGGCGACGGAGUGGUGACCGCUCUGAUAGUGCUGUUCUCACCUGUUCCCAUCGCACUUCUGCUGAUAGGGAUGGUCAUCAUCUGGUACUACCCAAUCCAGGAGAGGCAAUGUUUGCAGCCCCAGGAUCAGCUGAGCACAGUUCAGCCAGAAGCUACAUCCUCAUCAUUGGGCUUAAGGGAAACCGCAGAGCAGCCGGCAAUCCUGCAGCAGCCGUCAAAUACCUCACAGUGUGACUUCAGUCAUGAUAGGAAAAGCUCAGUCAGGUCGUCUGUCCGUUCACAUGCAUCAAAGAGCCCCUCUGGAGAGUUCAGCAGGCCUAAAGCUGUUGUCCAGUCAAAUGAAAAUCCUCGAUGUCAUAAGCAGAGACUCAGCCUGCACCGGCACUCAGAGGAGGAAAAAUUGGUGCGAAAUUCCUCCCAGAGAGGUUCUGGGUCUUCCUCCAGCAGGUCAAAAAAGAAAUCCAAAGUGUCGUGGGUUUAGUCAAGACACCUAAGAGCAAUGGUUUGACAUUCUGGGAGAUGUCUUUGUUUUGUAUUGCUGUGAGCGCUCAUGUCAGCAAGUUAAAUAUGAGCCUGAAGCGAGCAGCUGUUAGCCUCAAAGACUCAGGAAAGGAAACAGCUCGGCCUAAUGAGUCCAAAGGGAACAAAGUUUACUUAACAGCACUUCUAAAGCUCCAAUUUGACAUGUUAUAUCUUAUUUGUUUUAAUCGCUCAAAACUGAAGUGUGGAAUUGACAAGACAUUGUUUUAUAAGAAAUGAAGGAGGCGCUGUAACAGUUUUAAACAUUGCGAUUCAGUAAAGGCCCCGUAUAGCAGGAGCUUCAAAAACACAAACACUCGGACAUACUGGUGUUCCCCGUCGUCUCGGAUGUUACACCUUGCCACCACCUUCACCAUAUUUUGCCUCUGUUACUACCUCCGAUGCCGGAUCAGAGGCAGAAAGAUUUCACCCUUUGUCACGCCUCCGUGCCUUCCACAUUGCAGACAUGAUUUAACAGGGGCAUAAAUAUCCCGCCUUGAACUGGCAAGAGUUAAUUGUCCCUGUGAGGAAGAGAGAUAAUAACAGA